AUGAAAUUUUCCCUUCUGCUCACUGAAUUAAAAGUGUUCACACGAGCCAUUAACUCCCUUGGUAAACUUGGAGAUGAUAUCUUCUUCGAAUGCAGUUCCGAUGAGGCAAAUUAUUUAUUGAGUCUUCGUUGUGUUAAUUCAACUCGUUCAGCCUUUGCUGUCGUGUCAUUCAGUGGCAAAUUUUUUGAGAAGAAUUUCAGACUCACAGAUUCUGAUGUGCGUUUCAAACUUAACACAAAGACAUGUUGCAAAGUUUUCAAACAGACCAUGGCCUGGGAUAAAACCCUGCAUCGAUGUAAAAUACGCCUUGAUAAUGAGCAGAACAGGCUUGUUGUUCAAUUCUUUCAACGAUAUGGGAUCGUGAAAACCUACAACCUUCCAAUUAUUGAAUGUGAAAGCCUCGAAGCCAUCUAUGAUAUUGAAAAUUCAACUUGUCAAAUUGCUAUGUCCUCUAAGGUAGCUGGUGAGAUCAUGCAAAAUUUUAGACAAAAUCAAACAGAAGUUACCAUCAGUAUGCAAAUUGGUGAAUGUAUAUUUCGAAAUUACGUUGAGCAAUCUGACGUCGCUUCCGUCAAUACACAUAUCCCUGUACCUAUUACUGAGUUUGAAGCUUAUCGACUCACUGAGGAAUACGAUAUCACUUUUUGCCAAAAGGAUUUUCGCGCCGCUAUCUUAUUUGGUGAAUCCGUGAAUGCUCUAUUGGUACUAAAUUGUAGUCAACCUGGAAACCCUAUGAUACUAACUUUUACAGAUGAAAAAAAUUACAAAGCGAAUUUUGUACUUUCCACGCUACCACUCCCUUACGUUCCAAAACGAGUUCCACUGAAUUCAACAAUGCGACCGACCGGAUCUGCGUUACCGAUCUCGUCUGUUUCUUUCCUUAACCUGAAUGAAAGCCACCGUUCAGCAAAUGGAACGACUGGACUGGAUACAAUGACAGCCCCAACUCAAAUUCUUCCUCCAUCCAGUCCUAAUCUUUCGAGUACUAUGAUAACAGCUAACACUCCAGUUCCAGUGCGCGAAUUCGAGGAGGCCAAACCCCCUGCUAAGAAGGCUCGUUCGGUACUCUUCGCUUCAUUCAUGGGGGGAGAAUCUACAGUGGACUCAUUCUUUCAUAAUCCUCCACCACCCCAGAAACCUGAACGAUUAUAUAAAGACGCUUUUGAAAAUUCGGAUCAUGAUGAUUCAACUAUGGUCGAUGUGCUGUCUACUCAUGAAGGGGCUGCAGGUUCUGCCCGUGUGACAGCUCGUCUGGCUUCUGACGUCAGAACUGCAGCUGUUUCUGGUUGGAAUAUUGCAGAGAAUUUGCGGGCUACUGCAACUACCCGGAUGACUGGGGCUACACUACUGGUCCCUGAUUCUGAUGACGAAUCUUGA